AUGUCUCGCAGCUGGCUCGUCUCCCCUUCAUUUCGUCCAAUUCGUGACCAUUUGCGCGUCUUUUCGUCCACCCACUGGACUCGUGAGACGCUGUUGAUACCUCCUUUGGACUCACUAGGACCUAACUGUAGCCGUAAUUUCGUAUCUAGUACGAACAGCUCCAAGACAUUGGCAGACGACCAAGUCACCGCCUCGGACUUUCUGCCGGUCGUGCCGCCCGCGUGUCUCCGCCUGCAGCAGACGAAGCGUAACGUGAAUGCACGUCUGUCGUCCUUUACGGCCAUGUUUCGAGACAUGUCGCCAUACAUUAACUUCCACAGAGGGUCGACUAUGGUCAUCCACGUCCCUGGUCAAUUGAUUGAUUCCGAGCUCUUUGGUGCAGUGAUGCACGACAUUGCACUGCUCAAUACAUUGGGCGUCAAGCUCGUGCUUGUGGCUGGCUCGCGUCCCCAAUUGAAUCGUCAAUUGUCGCUUCGGAACCUCAUGUCGAAAUUUGAUUGUGGGUUGAGGAUCACGGGACGAGUCGAGCUCGAGUGUGCGCUGGAUGCCGCUGGGUCCGUUCGGUUCCAUAUUGAAAGUUACUUGGGACGAGGGAUUGUCAAUUCCCCUGGACGGGCACGGACGAUAACAAUCUCUUCGGGCAACUUUAUUACUGCACAGCCAGUUGGCGUGCGAGGGGGGGUGGACUACAAGUAUACGGGAGAAAUGCGUCGCCUGAAUGUUGACAAGGUGCGCGCGGCGCUGGAUGAUGGUGACAUUGUCUUGAUAUCGAGCAUUGCCUACAGUGCCAGUGGCGAAGUCUUCAACUGUCUUUCCGAGCAGGUAGCGAGCAAGUGUGCGAUUCAGCUUGAGAGCUCGAAGCUCAUCUUUAUGUACAAUGGAGAGGAACUGCGGGACACGCGAUCGAAUGCAGUGGUACAGACACUUGUCAUUGAACAGGCACAGCAGUACGUCGAGCUCGCACGGCAAGAUCCGAGUGUUAGCGGUGACUUUCUGCUGUAUUUGAAGGAGUCGAUCAAGGCUUGUGUGAACGGUGUCAAGCGCUCGCAUCUCGUGAGUCGACAUGUUGAUGGCGGCUUGCUGCAGGAGCUCUUUACUCGUGACGGGGAAGGGAUUAUGAUUAGCAGGCACAUGUACGAAGGAAUUCGUAUGGCCACCACCAAUGAUAUUGUGAGCAUCAUGCGCCUCAUCCAGCCUUUGCUGGACGACGACGUGUUGGUAUCGCGCGACCAGGAACAUAUUGAAAGCAAUGUGGAAACUUUCACGGUGGUAGAGCGAGACGGUGCUAUCAUUGCUUGCUGCACGCUGCAGCCGUACGAGGACAACUUUGCCGAGAUGGGCUGUGUAGCCGUGGACCCGACCUACCGCAAUUUGGGCAAGGGUAACGCGAUGUUGGGCUAUGUCAUGCGCAAAGCAGCAGCCAUGGGUGUUACCAAACUGUUUGUCCUGACGACACGGACAUCGCACUGGUUCCUAGAGCGCGGGUUCGUGGAGGCCUCAGUAAAGGAUUUGCCUCCAUCGAAGCUGGCCAAGAUCGACCUCAGACGCAAGUCGAAGGUCUACAUUUGUGACAUCAGCACAAAGAGGGCUUUGGACGAGAAGGAGCUGCUUCUUCAGAUGGAUUAA